AUGCAGCGUGUGUGUGUUCAUGUGUGUGUAUCCAUGUGUGUGUGUGUGUGCGUGUAUCCAUGUGUGUGUAUCCAUGUGUGUGUUCAUGUGUGUGUUCGUGUGUGUGUGUGUUCAUGUGUGUGUUCAUGUGUGUGCGUAUCCUUGUUUGUGUGUGUGUGCGUGUAUCCAUGUGUGUGUAUCCAUGUGUGUGUUCGUGUGUGUGUGUGUUCAUGUGUGUGUAUCGUGUGUGUGUGUGUGCAUGUGUGUGUUCGUGUGUGUGUGUGUUCAUGUGUGUGUUCAUGUGUGUGCGUAUCCUUGUGUGUGUGUGUGCGUGUAUCCAUGUGUGUGUAUCCAUGUGUGUGUUCGUGUGUGUGUGUGUUCAUGUGUGUGUUCAUGUGUGUGCGUAUCCAUGUGUGUGUGUGUGUGUGUGUGUGUGUGUGUGUGUGUGUGUUCAUGUGUGUGUCAAUGUGUGUGUCCAUGUGUGUGUCCAUGAUGCUCUGA